UUCAGAUCGCUUUGAGUCCACAUUCAUCGGACUUGGAUAUGAAGGCGCUUUUCGCGCUUCUCCUAUUGCUGCAAUGGAUGGCCUUCGGUCUCUGCGAGGUUGAUUGCACCGAGAAUGGCACCAAUGUGGGCUGUGGAGGAGCCUGUCCAGAGACAUGCAUGGUGAAGACCGUCCUUUGCACCCUUGAGUGCGGUGCGCCGUGCGUUUGUAACCCAGGAUAUAUUAUCGAUGAGUCAAAGCCUGCCUGUGUCUUGCGAAAGGAUUGUCCACCUAUUAGCUAUAAAGCAAGAAAAAUUAAUUAUUCUGUGCGAACGUUCAAGAACUUUGGUGGUGGGUGAAAAAUACACACAAAAUGCUAUUUGUUUUUAAAUAAAUACAAAUAAAUAAACUUAUCAUAUCCAAUUGGAUAGAAGAGCAGCAAACA